CAAUGUUGGAAGACAAUAUCGCAUGGAAGGACUGUAGCACAUGGAAGAAAAAACUCAUACCAGGGCAUCUUUGGUUUCCAAGUUACCAAAAUAUGGAACAAAGCCUGCUGGAAAUACCUUACAGCCUGUUCCAAAUGGGACGGCUCCUCACCUUUCAGGGAAUACACAGAUCAUUGACAGACAUUUCAGCAAGCACAAUGGCACUACUCACACGUCUUCCUUCUCUUUUAACUGGAGAAGGGCUAAUAAGUACCAUCUGGGAGAUCGGAGCAGUAAUGAAUAUGACUCCAGUCAGAAUUCCAGUGAAAGAAUGACUGAUUCUGAAAAGUGCCCUCAGUCUGAAGGGGCAGUUGGUACAGAAGAGUGCAGGAUCAGCUCACACAACACUUUUUCAAAAACAGCUAAACCAGACAACAUGCUUGUAUCUCCUUCAGAAGAAUUGAAUCAGAAGUGUUUAUCUGGUCUGUCUAAUUCUAAGUUCACCAAAAGUUCUUUAUUAAGCAGGACUUCAUAUUCUGGAUUUAAUGCACCAAAAUCACAGUUGAAUGGGAUUUGCGGGAGCCAGUCAGUGAUAGGCUUGCAGAGGAUUAGGGGAAACAUUUUUGCCACCCGGAGUAGCUCAGGGGAGAGUCUGGCAAGAUCAACAGACAACGUUACACCUGUUUGUGAAAAAAUGGUUAGGUCACAAAGCUUCUCACAUUCCAUUCAAAGGUCUCUCUUGCCUCCUGCAUCUCUUACCAGGUCCCACUCUUUUAAUAGAGCUGUGGAACUUGCAAGGCCUUACCAGAACCAACACUCAGCGAUUAGAACAUCUCAGCGGUCAAAUCUCUUGUCAAGAAGCACACGCCAGUUAGAUGCGCCCAACGGGAACGAACCUUUGCGGUACGAGUUUGUUCGGUCGUUUGCUGCUGUAGUACCGCCUCAUUUGAAGAAACAGCCGCUCUUAAACGGUACUGGGGAUGCAUCUUCCCUGAGAUUUAGAUCAGGUCGUCCUUCGUUACUGAAGCCUGCCAACCAGCCUUUGGGUAGAAAGAUCCCUGUGGAUGGCAGUGCAAGGAAAGAUUCUGGAAAUAGUUUAAUGGAAGAUUUGGUUUCAACAGAUGUUAAAAGGGGUGCUGAUGCAAGAGAAACACAGGAGAAUGAUUUAGUAGACAGCAGCUGUAAAAUGUGCACCGACGGUGAUGUGGAUGAAAUAUCUAUAUCCUCCCUGUCCUCUUCUGAGAAAAAUGACCUUAGUGAAGAUUUUAGUGAUGAUUUCAUAGAUUUAGAAGAUCCCAGCCGAACAAUGGAAAUUCAGGAAGAGGAAAUUCCUGCUCAAAAGCUGGAACAUGGAAAUGGAAUACCACUCCAUCAACUACUAUCUUUUCAGGAAAGUGAGAAAUCCAACUGCAGUAAUGAGGAAUGGCUGCAUAUACGUGUGUCAGACGACAAGAGCGAAAGCGCCACACAUCCCACUGGGAACAAUGAAGUUUCUUCGGACAUGGAUUUCAGAGCUGGCUCCUCUUUUGAGCUUUCGCCAUCGGAUAGCUCUGAUGGGACGUACAUGUGGGAUGAAGAAGGGCUGGAGCCCAUUGGGAGCGUCCAUCCGUGUGGAAGUUACGAUUCUUCAGAAAUGAACAGCAUUGAUGUCUUGAACAAUCUUGAUUCGUGUGAUCUUGAAGAUGAUGACCUUAUGCUUGAUGUCGACUUACCCGAAGACCCACCCUGUGAUAACGUGGAAUGUGAAAAUAUGAACCGUUAUGAGCGACCAGACAGAAAUAUUCGACAGCAGAAAGAGGGGCUAUGGAAGAGAGCAGCACAGAGGUGGAAUACCCAGGAUCAUUAUCAUCUUGGUCCCACUGACCACUAUUCCCAUGUCAGAAAUGAUCUGAACAGGAGCUGCAACUACCUAGAUUCUCUUCCUGUUAGUCAUCUUGAAGGCUACGGAACAUCAAGCUUGUAUCCACCAUUGAGGACUUUGCCAGCAAAUACCGUGGUACUGGAUGAAAUGACCCUUCGGCAUAUGGUUCAAGACUGUACAGCUGUGAAAACUCAGCUCUUAAAAAUGAAAAGAAUACUCCAUCAGAAUGAUGAAACUGUGUCACUACCCAACAGCACGCUGCCAGCGCCAUCAAGUCCAGAACAGCUGGAACCUGAACCAGUUUAUAAGACUGACGAAUUACUGAGUGAGAUCACACGGCUUAAAGAAGAUUUAAAAAAGAAAGAUGAAACAAUCCGAGAGCUAGAACAUCGCCUUGCCGUUAGGUGUAGCUGCAGCAAAAACAGCAAAGCCUCUGAAGGGACCGUGUGCAGGUUUACUGACAAAUACACCCAGACCUCCUGCAGGAAAAAUGCGCCUCCAGUACUACAGCCUUCCAGCCACCUUCCCCGUUUCGCAGACCUCACCCAGGGAAAACUAGCAAAGCCACCACUCACCGUGGCCCCCAGUGAGUCCCCUUGUUUGGACCAACAGAAGAACGUUGCCCAGGGCUCUGGCACCGACCGUGUGCGUGAACCAAGUGCUCUGAGCACACCGCUGGAUGACGGCUCCCUGGCGCACGCCCAUUCCAUCAGUGAAGCCGCCAGAGAGAGGGCUAAAGAAGGACCUGGCAGGAAACCGGGCGCCCCGCGAGCUCGCCCCCGCUCCGCCCAGGUGGAUGCGCAGGAUGCGCAGGCCAGAUUAGCUCUAAAAGGUCACUGCUCCGGGCCAAACCAGGCUUUGCCGCCAAAGACCUCGAGGGCUCUGCGAGCCCCGAGGCAGAACGCGCUCGUGCCUCUUCCCGCACCGUCCUCCAGCGACUCUCCCACACCCCCGUCUGGCGGCCCGGCACAGCCACCAUCAGCCUCCAGCCUCUCUCUCCUAAGCAGCAGGAACCAGAGGACCUCUAGGCUUCGCCCUCCCACCUCCGUAUCCUCCCGCCCCAAGCAGCAGACGGCCGACCCCCAAACUGCCAUCGCUCCCGAGCACCGGAGGCUUCCGGCCAGCCCCUCGACUACGCUGGCGCAAGCGAAGGAAGCCACACAGAACCGAGGCACGGCCGUUCGUCCUGGGGAGGGCGUGCCUUUGCAUCGGCAUUCCCGACUCCCGAAACCAAAGACGUAGCCCACGCGUGACCUGCAUGCCCUCCCCUUUUGUGGCCUCCUCAGUCGGGAGGCCUCAGCCACAGCGUGGAAGCAGCGAAGGCUGCGCCUCUUCUGACGCCCAGUCCCCGAGUUCUACCCUGUUUAGGAGCGUGCAUCGCUUCUCCGAGCCUUGAUCCAUCCGCGAGAGCCUGCGACGCCUCCCGACGGCCCCGAUCGGAGUUGGGCUGCCGGCCGCCCACCCCUCAUCCGGGAAGCUGCUGAUGGAAAUCGUAUC